AUGUCGAAAGAAAUCACAUGUGUUCAGGCUACACCUGCGAAGAGCCAACUUCCAAUGGUUUCGCGAUGCUACAGAAGUGUAUGCAAGGCUCUUUUGGAGAGGGUAAAGGAGCAAAAGCUCGGUGCCAAAAACCCGUACCUAAUUGUUGCUGUUGAAAAAGCAGUUUACCAGAUUGAGUAUUGCGCAACCAUUCUUUCUGACUUCGAGGAGUAUACUGGUAUGGAGCACAUGAGCAACAAUAUCGUCGCCGUCUUGGUCAACGCAAGGAACAAUACCCUGGAGGUCAUGAAACAGUUCGAGUCCCUCAUUCAACCCUUCAAGGAUGAAUGGAUCACGAUUCCGCGUCAUACGGCAGACCAGAUUGAUGCCAUCUGCAUGGAGCUGCACGCGCAUUCUGUAGAUGUGUAUCUUGUCAAAAAGGUUGCGAGACUUGCGAGGAUUGCAAGCAAACCGAGUAAAAAACUUAUGUGUGACGAUCAAAGUGGUAUUCGAAACCACCUGUCGAAGAGACAAACUUGGUUCACCGAACUCAAGCAAGCAUCUCAAGCCAAGGAAACAGAAGCUAAAGAGACAACGCAAGGACUGGACACAGUCUCUACCGAAGACUGCUCAUCCAAUACAUCUUCAACAGGAGUUAUGACACCGUCCGAGGGUUGGAGCGACAUUGAUAGCGAGGCGACUCUACUUCACGUUGGAAAGGACUUCCCUGUGACAUGUAACAACUUGGCUCAUUGCGAAGGUCUGGUUUUGGGUUACUUGGAGUCGCUUGACGUCGUUCAAGCCGCGAACAAGGACAAAGGCUCUUCGAAGCUGGUCGAAUCUCCCGGACGCAUCCUUCUCAGCAACGCAUGCAAGGUCCUGGCUAGCGAGAUGACUGGUUCUAUCGAUACAUCCACAGUUUUGGGUGAGCCCCAGGUAGAGCCAAAGAAGUCCGAAAAGGUCGGAAAUACGUUGGACGAAGUCAUCGAGACCAUGGAUCCAGAGAUCACGGACAGAGACAUAGCUACACUCGUCUUCCACUGGACAACACUUGAUAAGUUCAAUGGCUUCACCCGAGUUCAGUUAGGAGAAGUCUGA